AUGAGCUCUGCAGGUGACGCGAAGCUCUUUGCGAGGUCCAGACUUUGCUCCUUUCAUAUACCCAAAUUUGCAAUCACAAUGUUUGUCGGCUUUCCACAUCACAUAUUACUUAGCUCACGCGAUGUGCAAACCUCACAGGGCAAGGUCGCCGAGCUGCGACAAGAGCUCAACAGCGGCGGCAAGAAGGACAAGAACUACUCGGCCAAGAAAAUCGCCUUGAAGAAGAUUGUUGCCAACAUGACCAUGAGCAACAAUGACAUGGUUGCGCUCUUUACCGACGUGAUCGAAUGCAUGACUCUGCCUAGUUUGGAAAUCAAGAAGAUGUGCUUCCUCUUCUUGGUCAAUUAUUCGAGGCUGAAACCUGAGGUGGCGAUGAAGGCCCUGCCGAUUCUGGUUGAUGAUAUGGAUGAUACAAACCCACUGGUGCGCGCUCUCGCUCUCAGGACAAUCUCAUACGUCCACGUGCGCGAAUUUGUGGAAGCGACUUUCCAACCGUUGAAGCGACUCAUGCAAGAUAACGACCCUUAUGUUCGCAAAACGGCUGCUUUCUGCGUCGCCAAGCUGUAUGAGCACGACAAGAAGACCGUAGAGAAUUCUGAUCUGAUCGACCGACUAAAUCGCAUGUUGAAAGAUGAGAAUCCAACAGUCGUGUCUAGCGUUCUGGCUGCUCUAUGCGAUAUCUGGGGUCGCAGUGAAUCGAUCUCACUCACCAUCGACUAUGUCAGCGCCUCAAAACUGGUUUCAAUAUUGCCUGAUUGCUCAGAGUGGGGUCAAAGUUAUAUUCUCGAGGCACUGAUGUCCUAUGUCCCACAAGACACUGCUGAGGCCCUUUUGCUGGCCGAGCGAGUUGCGCCUCGGCUGUCCCAUCAAAACUCUGCUGUCGUGCUCACUGCCUGUCGAGUCAUUCUCUAUCUCAUGAACUAUAUCGCCGACGAGAAACACAUCUCCUCUCUUUGUCGCAAGCUAUCGCCGCCCCUGGUCACGCUACUUUCAAAGCCCCCUGAGAUUCAGUAUCUCGCUCUACGGAAUGCCAUUCUUAUCCUACAGAAACGACCUGAGGUCCUUCGCAAUGACAUCAGAGUCUUCUUCUGCAAUUACAAUGACCCAAUCUACGUGAAGGUGACAAAGCUUGAACUGAUGUUCAUGCUGACAACGAAAGAGAAUAUCUCUAUUGUACUUGCAGAGCUCCGCGAGUAUGCAACUGAGAUUGAUGUGCACUUUGUGCGCAAAGCAGUACGUGCCAUCGGCAAAUUGGCUAUCAAGAUCGAAUCAGCUGCCAAGCAGUGCAUUGAUACUCUCCUCGAAUUGGUCGAUGCAAAGAUCCCAUACAUUGUUCAGGAAGCGACAGUUGUCAUUCGCAACAUAUUCCGCAAAUACCCCAAUCAGUAUGAGAGUAUCAUCAGCAACGUGAUCCGCAACAUUGAUGAUCUUGAUGAGCCUGAGGCCAAGGCGGCUAUCAUUUGGAUCAUUGGCCAGUACGCUGAUCGUAUUGAAAACUCCGACGCCCUGUUGCAGGACUACCUGGCAACAUUCCACGAUGAGCCCAUCGAGGUACAACUCGCUCUACUAACUGCCACGGUCAAGUUGUUCAUUCAGCGGCCAACCAAGGGGCAGCAACUUGUACCCCAGGUGCUCAAAUGGUGCACAGAGGAGACCGAUGACCCGGACCUCCGUGAUCGGGGUUACAUGUACUGGCGCCUGUUGUCCACAGACCCGGCCACCGCUAAGCAAGUUGUGAUGGGUCAGAAACCUCCCAUCACAGCAGAGAGCGAGAAGUUGGAUCCCCGUACAUUGGAGGAGCUCUGUCUCAACGUGGGUACACUAGCAACCGUGUAUCUCAAGCCCAUUCAUCAGGUCUUCCGUGCCGCACGUCCUCGUCGGUUACAGCCCAGCCCAGCCCUUCAGAGCCCACCGCAGGAAGACGGCACGGCGGGUCUGCUCGAGUACAAUCCUCCGGCUGCCAACCCAGGAUCUAGCUCGACUAGCAACAGCGGCCUCGCGACAAUCACAACGACAGGGAAUCCCACCAGCCCGGUCUACCCUCCACCUCGUCCCGCAUAUGCCGUCGAACCCAACGCGGGCGGAAGUGCUGCCGGUGCCAAUGCCAUCAAUGCGGCCGAUCAAUACUUUCAAGGCAUCGGCUCUCAGCAGAUGGCCGCUAUGGACCUGGGAGGGCGUGAGGAUGGUGGUGUAGGUGGUGGCGGAGCUCCCCAGUCACAGUAUGUCGUGACACAAAAUCAGCAGCAAGCAUAUCAACCACAGUAUGCGGGUGGUGCCCCUACGGGCGAGCUGCUACUGUUGUAG